ACAAGAAAGACCAUGGAGGAACCCCAUUCACCUCACAACAACAUCACCCCAGAGCUUCCGAUUGAUAUAAUAAAUUCGGAAAUCUUACCAAGACUUCCGGCAAAAUCCGCAGUUGGUUUCAAGUGUGUUUGCAAACAAUGGUUAUCGCUCCUCUCAACACAAGAAUUUGCCACAAUGCAUUAUUGCCGCGCUGCAGCCAGCCGCAAGCUUCUCUAUGUUGACAAGCGAUCACCUUCUAUUCGCACAAUUGAUUGUGAAUCCCCUAAUCAUGGCUCAACCACGAUCAACCAUAUCCCAUUCGAAGCACGUCCUUCAGAUCUUGUGGUUCUAGCAAGUUUGGACGGAUUGGUAUGUUUGUGCCUAAAGAAAACUUGCGAGUUAGUGAUUUGGAAUCCAUUGAUGAGUGCCUACAAGAAGUUGCCCAACUCAAAGUCUCAAGGCUUCUUCAAAGUCGGCUGUGAUACUGUCGGGUUCUAUGUUGAUUCUUCUAACGAUUACAAGAUUCUACAUAUAAAACUAAGGCGGGGUACCAUUGGGGCUUACAUCUAUUCGCGGAGAUUAGAUACAUGGAGAAAUAUAAAAUUCUUAAAAAAGCGUCAGCGUAUCUACAACUAUAAGUGGUCUUCGGUUAUUUUCUCCGGGGAUAGCCUUUAUUGUAAGAACUAG